AUGAUUUUAGGAAAGAAAUCUUCUGCCACCGAACCUUUUCAUGGUGUCAUUCCUAGGAGUCUAGAGCAGCUUGUAAGUCUAAAGUAUCUAGAUCUUACAAGAAACUCUUUGAACGGUACAAUUCCUCAGAAUAUUGGUCACCUUAAAAAUUUGAUCACCCUCUAUCUUUCUGAAAAUAUUUUACAUGGAAAUAUUCCCCGUAUUGGCCAACUUCUGAACCUGCAGAACUUAGACAUGUCUCUAAAUUAUUUGGAGAGUUUGGUGUCUGACAUAACAUGGCCCAAGCAACUUGUCUACUUGAAUCUCACCAACAACCAUAUCACUGGGUCACUUCCCCAAGAUAUUGCUGAUAGGUUGCCCAAUGUUACUCACUUGCUUCUUGGAAACAACCUGAUAAGUGGUUCCAUUCCAAAGUCAUUGUGCAAAAUAGACUCCUUGUACAAUCUUGACCUUUCAGGCAACUUAUUAUCAGGUGAAAUUCCUAAUUGUUGGAGUGCUACUCAACAAAAUCUCAGUGAGAUAAAUUUGGCAUCCAACAAAUUAUCCGGUGUUAUUCCAAGCUCUCUUGGUAACCUAUCCACGUUGGCUUGGUUGCAUUUGAACAACAACAGCCUUCAUGGGGGGUUUCCAUCAUCUUUGAGAAAUUUGAAACAUCUUCUAAUUUUGGAUGUAGGAGAGAACCAUCUGUCUUGGACUAUACCUUUAUGGAUGGGGAACAUUUUCUCCUCAUUGCAGAUUCUAAGGCUACGGCAAAACAAGUUUCAUGGAACAAUUCCUUCACAACUGUGCCAACUUUCUGCACUGAAAAUCUUGGACCUUUCAGACAACAACUUGAUGGGCUCAAUCCCUCAAUGCAUUGGAAAUUUCACAGGAAUGAUUUCAGGAAAGAAAUCUUCUUCCACCCAACCAAGUGAAGGGCCUAGAUAUGUUGAAUGGUAUGAACCUAUUGCUUCACGUAUCCGUAUCCGAUACGUAUCCGACACGAUACUCUUGGAUACUUCACCGAUACGUGUCAAUGAAAUAUCCUAG